AUGACGUGCAAUCCACAUCCCUACAAGAUAAGUUGGGUGAAGAAAGGUGUGGAGAUAGCUGUGUCCGAAAUGUGCCGAGUGACUUUCUCAAUCGGAAAAAGUUAUGUAUGUGAAGUUUUAUGUGAUGUUCUGGAUAUGGACAUUUUCCAUUUAAUAUUGGGGUGUCCAUGGCAAUUUGACGCGGGAGCGAUCUAUGACGGAUGUGCAAAUACAUAUACGUUCGAGUGGAAGCAGCGCAAAAUUCGGUUCAUACCCCAUUCCACUGGUGAUGGUGAUAAGGAGUUGCCCGACAAAUCGACAAUGUUUAUGGUCACUGGCCAUAAAAUUAUAGAUUCCUGGAAGGAAUCAUCGUGGAUGCUAGCACUGGAUGCAUCAGCCACCCAUACGGAUGAGGUGUGCGUAGAAAUUCCCACUGCCGUUCGAGACAUUAUUCAGUGUUACAAGGAAGUCUGGCCCGCCGCACUACCAAACGAGCUUCCCCCGUUACGAAAUCUGCAGCACCAAAUCAAUUUCCAACCGGGUGCCAAUCUUCCAAAUCUGCCACACUAUAAAAUGAGCCCCCGAGAACACGAGAUACUACGAGGCAUCGUGGAAGAGCCGCUUCAAAAAUAA